UCUCACUAGGUUUUUCUGCAGAGAGAGAGAGAGGAGAGAGAGAGAGAGAGAAGAUGGCUGCGGCAACCACUGAAUCCGUCCAAUGCUUCGGACGUAAAAAGACGGCGGUGGCCGUCACACACUGCAAGCGCGGCCGCGGACUGAUCAAGGUGAACGGAGUCCCAAUCGAGCUGGUCCAGCCGGAGAUCCUCCGCUACAAGGCGUUCGAGCCAAUCCUCCUCCUCGGCCGCCAGCGCUUCGCCGGAGUCGACAUGCGCAUCCGCGUCAAGGGCGGCGGUCACACCUCCCAGAUCUACGCCAUCCGCCAGUCAAUUUCGAAAGCUCUCGUCGCCUUCUACCAGAAAUACGUCGACGAGCAGUCGAAGAAGGAGAUCAAGGAUAUUCUGGUCAGGUACGACCGGACUUUGCUGGUGGCGGACCCGCGGCGGUGCGAGCCGAAGAAGUUUGGAGGUCGUGGUGCACGUGCCAGAUUCCAGAAGUCCUACCGUUAAGUUUCUGGUAGUGAUUAUGCUUUUAAUUAUUAUUAUUAUUAUAAUUAUAAUCGUCAUUAGUAUGUUUUGGAAUUAGAUUAAGAAUCCUGAUAUUGCUACAUUUCUGUUUUUUUUAAUGUUUUGUUUUUUUCCUAUGUGAUGGUUUUUAGAAACAUUUAAUUCAGAAUUUUGUUUCUACUGAGUGGAUUGAUAUUUUAAUUCUGUUCA